UUGCACGACUGGAUCAGUUCACUACGGCUCGGCUGUGACGGUCUCUCACUCUCUAUGCACACUGCCAGGACCGUGCGUGCGUGUGUGUGUGAGAGUGGGGUGUGCAAAGGAGGGGACUACUGCACGGAGCUGGAGGGAAUAACAUUUUGGAUUUGGAUAGCAGACUGGAAACUAGCAAGCCUGCGCUCCGCCUUCUCGCCUUGCACACAUCGUCGCCUGACGUCGGACUGCGGCGAGAAUGGAGCUCCCUGCCGCCGGGGAACACGUCUUUGCGGUGGAGGGCAUCGAAAAGAAGCGCAUUCGCAAGGGGAAGAUCGAGUACCUGGUCAAGUGGCGGGGAUGGUCGCCGAAAUACAACACAUGGGAGCCGGAGGAAAACAUCCUUGACCCCCGCCUCUUGGUUGCAUUUCAACACAGGGAGAGGCAGGAGCAACUGAUGGGAUAUCGCAAACGUGGGCCAAAACCAAAACAUCUUCUACUGCAGGUACCCUCAUUUGCCCGGAGAUCGAGCAUACCUGCGGGUUUUGAGGACACCUCUCCAGAUGUAGAAGACAUCCCAAAGUCCGAUCACAUCCAGGUCCAGCGUCCCCAGCCCCAGCAAUACCAGCUGAACAGCAAGAAGCACCACCAGUACCAGCCCAGCAGCCAGGAGGUCCCCGCAGACCAGCUCACCAACAGCAAGAAGAAGUACAUCUAUCAGCUAAACAGCAAAAAACACCACCACUACGAGCCUGACCCUAAUAUGUAUGACACCCAAGCUUCAAGGCUCAAAAAGGUGGUCAAAGUUCAAGAAGCAGGCAAUAAACCUGCCAACCCUGGCUGGAACCUGCCUCUAGCACUGCAGCAGAAAUGGGUUCGUGACAAAGACACCGGCUGCUUGAGUAAAGUCAAAGAGCUGGCAGUGGAGGUUAGGAAACCUGUUCCCAAAGAGGGCGUCAGUGAACAUGCCCUUAAGCCCGAUCCUAAGGACGCAACCCUGCCCAGUUCUGUCAGCAGCAAAAUGAAGAUAAUCAAGAAUAAAAAUAAGAAUGGACGUAUUGUUAUUGUCAUGAGCAAGUACAUGGACAGUCAUAAGGUGCAUGGAGCCAAGGGCAAACACGGGGAAUCCUCUAACGGGGAGAAAAUCCAAAGUGGGGGCGAGAACAAUGCAGGACACAGAACCAAAAUAGUGGAGAACGGUAUUCCCAAAGAGAUUUGUAGUAGCAGUUCCCUGCCUGCUGCAGAUCACCCACAAAAGUGUUCCCCAAAGGACCGACACUUCUUUAAACCAUCACCAAGCACAGCAGAGGAAUACAACACAGAAGUGGCGCGGGGUCAAGCGGACUUACCAGACGACCUACCCCUACAGCUGACCGCCAGCUCGCCCUCGACAUCUUGGCCGGCCGACGCCAACAUCCCCACCCCUACAAUUAUGGACCACAUCAAGAUUCCAUCCUAUUCCAGCAGCCGGAAGAGGAAACUCUCCAACCCUGUGGAUGAGAGGACUGUUUCCAAGAGCUGUCUGACUUCCAGAAGCCUCAGUGUUCCCAGCGCUGGGGUCGGUCCACCUCAGGAAAAACCCAUGGACCUUCACUGUAGUGGACGUAGCAGCACAUAUGCAUACGAUGCAAUGGAUUGUGGUGACCAAGAGGAGCCCAUAGACCUGAGCUGCCCAAAGACUAAGAGGCUGACUGAGCCGGAAAUCCCACCCGAGCCCCAACCUGAACUUUUAACACAACCUGAGCCCCAACCUGAACUCGUAAAACAACCUGAGCCCCAACUUGAACUUGUGAAACAACCUGAGCCCCAACUUGAACUUGUGAAACAACCUGAGCCCCAACCUGAACUUGUAAAAGAACCUGAGCUCCAACCUGAACUUGUGAAACAACCCGAGCUCCAACCUGAACUUGUGAAACAACCCGAGCUCCAACCUGAACUUGAAAAACAACCUGAGCCCCGACAUGAACUUGAACCCCAACCUGUUGACAAGGAUGUAGCGGAGGACACACAGAAUUCAUCUAAAGCAGCACCAGCUGAAAAGAUCUGUCCUUUUAUGGGAAACAUCAUCAUUACAGACAUCACGACAAACAGUCUGACUGUCACCUUCAAGGAGUAUGUUUCUUUCUAAGGACCUCUUUGGAAGCUACUGACCCUGUUCAUAUGUGCAUACUGUAAAAACAUGGAGAUUUUUGUACAUAGGCAAAUUUCUAAUUUAUCAUUCAAAUUCAAUAUGUUUCUUACGAUGUUUUAUACUGUAAUACUCCUGAAACGAAGCCCAAGCCAGAGCCCUCGAGGAUUUGAGUGAAUACAUUCAAGAAUCAGUUUAUUUGCUGUUUACUACCUGUACCAAACUUGUAAUCUUAAAAUGUAUGGAGGUUUAUAGGUAUUUUGUACUGAUUAUUUGGAGUCCUGCUGCGUGGUAGAGGGAAGAACUUGUUGGGUCGAUAGUGAUCAAAGAUCAAAGCGAAAGCACUUAAUUACAUUAUCAUUCGUCGAUUGUCAUUUGCUUUCAUUAGGAGUGGACAAACCGCUGCUCUUUUUAAAAGUCUUUUUCAUCAAUUGUCGCUUAAUUUAGUUAUGGGUGUAAUUAUUAAUUAGCUAAUUGUUAAGAAUUAGAGCGCACUACUGACUGUAAUCGGCAUAGGUGCUGUUGAUUCCCCCAGGGAUCAAUAAAGUACUUUCUAUUCUAUUCUGUGAUUCAGUGUAGCUCCAGUUGUGAAAAAAUAGGUCAUUGUGUAAGCUAACUCUUCUACUCGUGAACCGCUGCACACAAAACAUGCACUCCAACUGUGUUGCCGGUGCUAUUACUUCUCUGACAUUACACCACGUGGUGGCAUUGUUAUUACAUGUGGUGUAGUUAUUGAAUACAUGUGGACUUAAAAUGUUCCUAUUAGCUCAAAGCACUCUAUAAAACAUCCACUGUAACUUUAGGGUGUUUUGCCUAGUCACCAUUAAAUAUUUUAUGCACCUCUACGGGUGUGACAAGCACGUGUGUAAAAUUUGAACAAGAUUAGUCAAAAUACAAGAAGCUAAACGUAUCUGCCGGACUUAGCAAUUUACUGGCCGUAAUUCAUUGAUCAUUCCUCUAAUGAUCAUACAACUUUGGGGAUGAUAGCAUCUUACAAAGCUGUUUUAAUUAUUUCUACUUCUUUGGGUAGCAUCAAUCUGACCAAUACACAACUGGCCUUAAAAGAGAAGUUCAGAACACCCAGAGAGAUUAUCCCACCACAUUAAAUAUCUGUGUUUUUAAAAAUUGUCCUUAUUAAUUAACCAUUAUUCUUAGUGUAGUCUGUCCAAGACGCGAUCCUUCGAGUAUAUGAUGGAUUGGUAUUGUUCAUCUCAGUUUUUUAUUGCUCCAAGCUUACUAGUUUUAAUAUUGUUACGUGAUCUGACAAAGGCAUGUGACUGCUUUUUUGCUAAUUACCUAUGAUAUGUGACUCCUCAAAACUUGGUAUAGACAAUAGUUUACAGUGAGCACGGGCUGUUAAUGUUAUUUUUUAUGCUGCUUAGAAUGCUAAUGUUGAAUCUGUUGGAUGUACAGUCAAAAUCACCUUGUACGCACAUCGAAUGCAAAGACCAGUAUGAGAAUGCUAAAAUCCUACGAGAAUGAAACGGGAGAGUGCAUAUUUAUUUGUUGUUGAUAAAAAACCCUGCAAUUGAUCUUUUAUUUUUGAUUUUUUUUUGCUUUAAUUUGUUGCUCUUGCACUCAGUUGAAUAGAUUGUCAUGAAGUUGGUUAAGGGGCGUUUGUUGGCUCACUGCAGUCGGCACAUUUUCACAAUAAAGAAAGAGAAGUUCCUUGUUUGUAUGAACUCUUUAACCUCACUGGGACUUCUAGUUGGCUGUGAACUCCAAGAAUGUUUCAUUAUCAGAAAGAAAAAAAAAUCCUCA